CCGGCGGCGGCGGUUGCGGGCAGCCGCGGUGUAGAGCGGUGCCCGCGGCCUUUCGGCAGCCGGGCGGCCAUGAACUUCUCCGAGGUGUUCAGGCUCUCGGGCCUGCUCUGCAGGUUCUCCCCCGACGGCAAGUACCUGGCUUCCUGUGUUCAGUACCGGCUAGUUGUCCGCGAUGCGAACUCCCUUCAGAUCCUUCAGCUGUACACGUGCCUGGACCAGAUCCAGCACGUGGAGUGGUCGGCAGACUCUCUCUUUAUCCUGUGUGCCAUGUACAAACGAGGGCUUGUGCAGGUCUGGUCCCUGGAGCAGCCAGAAUGGCACUGCAAGAUAGACGAGGGUUCGGCAGGGCUGGUCGCCUCGUGCUGGAGCCCAGACGGGCGCCACAUUCUCAACACAACUGAGUUCCACUUGCGGAUAACCGUCUGGUCCUUGUGCACAAAAUCUGUAUCUUACAUCAAAUAUCCUAAAGCUUGUCAGCAGGGAAUCACCUUCACCAGGGAUGGCCGCUACAUGGCGCUGGCGGAGCGGCGCGACUGCAAAGAUUACGUGAGCGUCUUCGUCUGCAGUGACUGGCAGCUCCUGAGGCACUUUGAUACGGACACCCAGGAUCUCGCAGGGGUCGAGUGGGCCCCGAACGGCUGCGUGCUGGCCGUGUGGGACACCUGCCUGGAGUACAAGGUCCUGCUGUACUCCCUCGACGGCCGGCUCCUGUCCGCCUUCUGUGCUUACGAGUGGUCCCUGGGCGUCAAGUCUGUGGCCUGGAGCCCCAGCAGUCAGUUCCUGGCGGUUGGCAGCUACGACGGAAAGGUGCGCAUCCUCAACCACGUGACUUGGAAAAUGAUCACAGAGUUGGGGCAUCCCGCGGCCAUCAGCAACCCCAAGAUAGGCCCGGUGUUCCCAGCACGUGCCAGCUCACCACGCGCCCCCACGGGCAUUGGCCACGUGUCUCCUCGGCUGUUCCGCCCCUGUCGUGAGGCGGGCAGUGGGCAGUGGCGGCCGCGCUGUGUCUUUCAGGUCGUGUAUAAGGAAGCCCAGAAGAGCCCGAAGCUGGGGCUGGGCCACCUGCCUUUCCCACCCCCCAGGGCCACCUCGGAGAGUAAAUAUGAGAUCGCCUCUGUGCCCGCCUCCCUGCAGACUCUGAAGCCUCUAACUGACAGAGCGAACCCUAAAAUCGGCGUCGGAAUGCUGGCUUUUAGUCCCGACAGCUACUUCCUGGCGACGCGGAACGACAACGUCCCCAACGCCGUCUGGGUCUGGGACAUGCAGAAGCUGCGGCUGUUUGUGGUGCUCGAGCAGCUGUCCCCGGUGCGCUCGUUCCAGUGGGACCCGCAGCAGCCCCGGCUGGCCAUCUGCACGGGGGGCAGCAAGGUCUACCUGUGGUCGCCGGCAGGCUGCGCGUCAGUGCAGGUGCCCGGGGAAGGUGACUUUCCCGUGCUCUCGCUGUGCUGGCACUGCAGCGGGGACUCGCUGGCCCUCCUCAGCAAGGAUCACUUCUGCCUCUGUUUCCUGGAGACUGGGGAGGGGGUCGGUCCGGCCGUCAGACAGCGGGACGGCCACACGUAGGAGCUGCGCACACACCCGUGUGGGGAUGGAGCCACCUGCGUGCUUCCCGCGUGGGCAGGGACGGAGACUCCCGCCGUGAUGGUGCGAAUCAGUGACUGGGUUCUAUUUUUCUAUAGCGAGCCAUUUUUGUAAAUAUAUAUGGUAUAAAAGUGAUUUUUAUUUAAAAUAAAUAUUUGAUAAUUUAUACAA